AUGCUCAUAAUUAUUGGCUCACUGAUUUUGGCUACACAGUCCGUGACUCUUUCAUCUUAUUAUCAAUGUCGAUUAGGAUUGCGUUCAUGGACCUGCGGAGGUGGGCAAAUAUGUGGUAAUAACUCUUACCCAUGCGUUGAUCCACCGAAUCAUGGGAAAACCAGUAAAAUAGAAAAAUUAGUGGUUCCCUUCGCCAUCUUCAUACUAGUAGGUGCUGUCCUCUUAUUAUUUUUUAUUGCGGGUUUAAAUGGUAAACCAACAACAACAUCACUCACGCAUGAACUGAUUGAACCAGAACGUUGUUGUGUAUCAAAACAAUUUAGUGCACAGUUAAGUACAUCUACUGCUAUGGCAUUGCCAGAUGGUACAACGUAUAGUUCAUAUGCAUAUUACAAUUAUUCAUACGAUGCGGAUCGUGCCAUGGUUGGAAUGAAAGGUGUAUCAUUUAUGCUACCAGAUCUACAUAAGUCAAAUCUGUGGAUUAUUGAAAAUAUAAAUGAUGGACAAAUGUAUGUGAUAGAUCAAGAUUCCAAAAGAUGUGACAAAUCACCAAUGCCGAUCAAACCACUUAAGUGUAUACCAGAUACAGCAACUUACUUACAUUCAUCGACGUUUGGAUAUGGCGAUAAGCAAAUUAUUGGUGAUACAUGGCUUGUAACAGUGGACGACACAGUGAAUUAUGCCACGGUUAGUCGUGAUGGUCUUUGUGUUCCAUUGACUGGACAUUCCUUCUUUCAAAAACUUGCUAUGGUAAAUGCAGCAACAACAACAGACUUCGUGCCAAAAGUUGAUGAUCCAAGUAUAUUUGAUAUUCCAGCGGAAUGUCACAGCGCUAUCUAA